AUGUCCAAGAUCCAGCAGCCCUCUAACCAGAUCAGACUGACUAAUGUCUCGAUUGUGCGAUUAAAGAAAGGCGGGAAGCGCUUUGAGAUCGCAUGCUACAAAAAUAAGGUCCAAGAAUGGCGGACAGGCGUCGAAACAAGCCUCGACGACGUGCUGCAAAUCGCCAACGUCUUCAUCAACGUGUCGAAAGGCGAGGUUGCGAAGACGAAUGACCUCCAGAAGGCGUUUGGCAAGUCGGAUGUGAACGAGAUCGUCAAAGAGAUCCUGAAGAAAGGUGAAGUGCAAAUCAACGAAAAAGAGCGCGAUCACGACCUCGGCGCGCUUCGCCGGGAAAUUGCGACUCUUGUUGCAGAGAAAUGCGAGGACCCGUCUACACACACACCGUAUCCCGUAGGCAUGAUCGAGAAAGCAAUGACGGAAGCAGGCUUCAGCGUCAAGCCCGAUAAAACAGCAAAGAGCCAGGUCUCUGCCUGCAUCAAACAACUCCAAACCGACUCGACACUGCCAAUCCAACGCUCCAGAAUGAGAAUUCGCGUCAUCCUCCCCACUGCCGACAGCACUCGCCUCCAUGAUCAGAUUGUGUCUGGUGCAGAGACAGUCGAGUCGGAAGAAACAGGGGAAACUGAGUGGGCAGCCGUGCUACUGAUCGACCCAGGCCAGUUCCGUGUCAUCAACGACUUGCUUCAGAAGGAGUGCAAAGGUCGCGGAAGGAUAGAGACGCUCGCCAUGACGGCGCAUUCGACGACAGCGUGA